AUGGAGGCCUACUGGGAAUCCCUGGCUGCUUUCUCCAACAAUAGUGUGGAUUAUCCUUAUCUUCCAAGCAUAGACAAACCGGUUUGGAUUUUAGGCGAAUCACGAAGCUCCUUGAACGACCAAGAGGAGAUAGCCAAUGAUAUCCGCUCAAGGUUGUGGUUCACAUACCGACGAGGUUUUGCGCCGAUUGGAGAUGAAAAGGGCCCCACCACAGACACCGGUUGGGGCUGUAUGCAUCGAUGCGGUCAAAUGCUGAUUGGCCAGGCACUGAUACAGUUGCGUUUGGGUAGAGGAUGGCGAUGGAAUCCUGAUCGCUUGGAUCGGCCAUACUUGCAGAUUUUGAGGAUGUUUGAAGACAAGCCAACUGCACCCUAUUCUAUUCACAAAAUAGCCUCCAAGGCCGCAUUAGAUGACAAUAGGACUGUCAGCAGCUGGCUGGGGCCAAACACGGUUGCUCAAGUUCUUCGAAAACUCUCUGCUGGUGAUCGAUGGACCAACCUCGUUGUUCAUGUGACAACAGAAGAUGGAAUCGUGGUGCAGGAAAUUAAAAGCCUCUGUCAUCAAAAUGCUCCCAAAAUUAUAGCAACUGAUGGGACAACCUACGAUAAGGUUACCUCACCUCCUUCUCCCACCUCUUAUGAUUCUCUUCACUCCUCACAAUUGCGAAAAAAUAGCGACAGACCAGUUAUCGUGAGCAGUCCGAUAACUGUGGAGGAGGACGAUGAGAGUGUGGCAAUAAUACUACCUCCGGUACACAUUAUGCCUCGUAACAUGUCGAGCUCAUUGUUGGAGGCAAAGACUCCAGUUGAAGAUGACUCCUCUCCAACUACGGAGACCCCGAACCCCGAGUUCCUCUCCAUGCCUACUACGACAGCUGCUGCCUCCUCCACAUGGCACCCUUUACUUCUUAUACUUCCCCUCAGGCUCGGUCUCCACGAGUUUAAUAUGCGUUACGCACCUGCGCUUCAAGGUCUAUUCAAGCUGCGUCAAUGCGUGGGUGUGAUAGGGGGGAGACCAAACCACGCCCUCUGGUUGAUCGGGAGUGUGGGGGAUGACGAGGUUCUUUGCCUCGACCCGCACACCACGCAAGCAGCGGCAAUUCUGGGUGAGCCAGCAACGGGAAGCGGCAAUGAGGACGCCUCGCUAGACGGCUCUUUUCACUGUACCAAUCCUCUACGCCUUCCGCUGCGAUGUCUCGACCCCUCCCUUGCAGUAGCCUUCGUUUGUGGCACCGAGGCUGACUUCGACGACCUCUGCACACAGUUACUCGCUGAUCAGCUCUCUUCCUCCCUCUUUGAAGUCCACGAGACUCGCCCCUGCAACAUUCCCCCGCCUUCUUUCACCGCUCUUCGCACUCCUGAGGGAUGGAGUGAGCUCUUCCCCACUUCUGCCCUCACGAUUUCUGUCCCACCCACUCUGAGUUCCAAAUGCAAAACGGGUGAGCCGCUGACACCCUUGUUUUUACCAUUCUAA